GUGGACCGUUCUUGAACUUACGGGAGAGUACUGAACUCAACUCCACUUUUCUAGAUUCACACGCAAAGCACCCCAUCUUGUUCCCAUAAUUCCCUAUAAACCCCCCACAACUUUGCCGGAAAAAUCCCUGCAAUCACCGUCCAUCGUCGCCGGAAGUUUACGCACUCGCUGGACUACGAUAAUGGCUAGUACGACGUCGGUUUCUGGCGUCCGACUUCGCGUCCCGCCGUCCAGUUCUGGUAAUAGAGCCGCGUUGUUCUGUCAUCCGUCUCUGUCUCUCAGCUUCUCCCCCGAACCUAUAGCUCUCAGAACCCUAAAUUCGUUGAGAUUGAAGAAGAAAAAGAGCGAUGUCUUUCUCGUGAGGAGAGCCGAGAGAUUCGAGAGGAGUUCGAGGUCGUUUGUUGUUCGAUGCGACGUUUCCAGUGGGAGUGGAAGGAUCACCCAACAAGAUUUCACUGAAAUGGCUUGGCAAGGUAUUGUUUCCUCCCCUGAAGUGGCAAAAGAGAACAAACAUCAGAUUGUGGAGACAGAGCAUUUAAUGAAGGCCUUGCUGGAGCAGAAGAAUGGCCUUGCUCGGCGAAUAUUCUCCAAGACUGGAGUUGACAAUACCCGUCUUCUAGAAGCUACUGAUAAGUUUAUCCAACGUCAACCAAAGGUUCUUGGUGAGUCAGCCGGUUCAAUGUUAGGACGGGAUUUGGAAGGGCUGAUACAACGAGCCAAGAACUACAAGAAAGAGUAUGGUGAUUCAUUUGUGUCAGUUGAGCACUUGGUGCUUGCUUUCGCACAAGACAAUCGAUUUGGGAAGCAAUUGUUUAAGGAUUUCCAAAUUCAGCUGAACACUUUGAGGAAUGCAAUAAAUGUCAUAAGGGGAAGCCAGAAAGUCAUUGACCAAGAUCCUGAAGGGAAGUAUGAAGCACUGGAGAAAUAUGGAAAAGAUUUAACUGCCAUGGCAAGAGCGGGAAAGCUUGAUCCUGUUAUAGGAAGAGAUGAUGAAAUACGUAGAUGUAUCCAGAUUCUCUCCAGGAGAACAAAGAACAAUCCUGUGCUAAUUGGUGAGCCAGGCGUUGGGAAAACUGCUAUUUCAGAAGGGCUUGCCCAGAGAAUAGUGCAAGGGGAUGUGCCUCAGGCUUUAAUGAACCGUAGAUUGAUAUCUUUGGACAUGGGUGCACUCAUAGCUGGGGCAAAAUAUCGUGGAGAGUUUGAGGAUCGACUGAAGGCUGUGCUGAAGGAAGUAACAGAAUCAGAUGGACAAACUAUUCUUUUUAUUGAUGAGAUUCACACCGUUGUUGGAGCAGGAGCCACUAAUGGUGCAAUGGAUGCUGGUAAUCUCUUGAAGCCCAUGCUUGGUCGUGGAGAAUUGAGAUGUAUUGGUGCCACAACAUUGGAUGAGUACCGUAAAUAUAUUGAGAAGGAUCCAGCCCUGGAACGCCGCUUCCAACAGGUUUAUGUAGAUCAACCUACAGUGGAGGAUACAAUAUCUAUACUUCGUGGACUGCGUGAAAGAUAUGAACUGCAUCAUGGAGUCCGCAUCUCUGACAGUGCACUUGUCGAAGCAGCAAUUCUAUCAGAUCGUUAUAUCAGCGGACGAUUUUUACCCGACAAAGCUAUUGACCUGGUUGAUGAAGCAGCAGCUAAACUUAAAAUGGAAAUUACUUCAAAGCCUACUGCGCUUGAUGAGAUAAACCGUUCAGUGUUGAAGCUGGAGAUGGAGAGGCUAUCCCUUAUGAAUGAUAAUGACAAAGCUUCAAAGGAUAGGUUGAAUCGUCUUGAGGCAGAACUGUCCCUCUUAAAAGAGAAGCAAGCCCAGUUGAAUGAGCAGUGGGAACAUGAAAAAAGUGUGAUGACCCGUAUACAGUCCAUUAAAGAAGAGAUUGACAGGGUAAAUCUUGAGAUUCAACAAGCAGAGCGGGAGUAUGAUCUUAAUCGUGCUGCUGAACUCAAGUAUGGGAGUUUGAACUCUUUGCAACGCCAACUUGAAGCUGCAGAAAAGGAAUUGGAUGAGUAUAUGCGUUCUGGGAAGUCAAUGCUCAGAGAAGAAGUAACUGGGAAUGACAUUGCUGAAAUUGUCAGCAAAUGGACAGGCAUUCCUGUUUCCAAGCUACAACAAUCAGAGAGGGAGAAGCUGUUGCAUUUGGAGGAAGAGCUGCAUAAACGUGUUGUGGGUCAGGAUCCUGCAGUGAGGGCAGUUGCUGAGGCUAUCCAGCGAUCUCGGGCAGGCCUCUCAGACCCUCACCGUCCUAUAGCUAGUUUUAUGUUCAUGGGUCCUACUGGUGUUGGGAAAACAGAGCUGGCAAAGGCAUUGGCUUCCUACUUGUUCAACACUGAAGAAGCCCUUGUACGAAUUGAUAUGAGUGAAUAUAUGGAAAAGCAUGCAGUUUCCAGACUUAUAGGUGCCCCACCAGGUUAUGUAGGAUAUGAAGAAGGUGGACAGUUGACAGAGACAGUUCGCAGGAGGCCUUAUGCUGUUAUCUUGUUUGAUGAGAUAGAAAAGGCCCAUUCUGAUGUUUUCAAUGUGUUCCUUCAAAUUCUGGAUGAUGGAAGGGUAACUGACUCACAAGGUCGCACUGUUAGUUUUACUAAUACUGUUAUCAUUAUGACAUCCAAUGUGGGAUCGCAAUAUAUUCUAAACACAGAUGAUGAAACCUUGCCAAAGGAGAUGGCUUAUGAGACUAUCAAGCAGAGGGUAAUGGAUGCAGCAAGGUCAAUUUUCCGUCCUGAGUUCAUGAAUCGUGUUGAUGAGUAUAUAGUGUUCCAGCCUCUGGACCGCGAGCAAAUAAGCAGUAUUGUCAGGUUACAGUUGGAGCGGGUGCAGAAGAGGAUAGCAGAUCGCAAGAUGAAAAUCCAAGUAACAGAUGCUGCUGUUCUACUGCUUGGAAGCCUUGGGUACGACCCCAACUAUGGUGCUAGACCGGUGAAGCGGGUGAUCCAGCAGAACGUUGAGAAUGAACUUGCAAAGGGCAUCUUGAGAGGAGAGUUGAAGGAUGAGGACAUCGUGGUGAUAGACACAGAAGUAACUGCAUUUUCCAAUGGCCAGCUCCCUCAGCAAAAGCUGGUCUUCAGGAGGUUGGAACCUGGUUCAGAUACUCCCACAGAGAAUCCACAAGAGUUCUCUCAGACCCUUUGAGAGGACCGUUGUAUGAUAGCUUUUGCCACUCAGUAAGAUCUUAUACAGCCAUGAGUCAAGGCAGCUUAUUUUGUAUGGAAUUUUGUUAAAUCUUAUAUAUAACAUAUCUCAUAGCAGUUUGAUA